AUGAAGAAGUUUGAUAUAUUUGGAAGUUAAAUACAGUUUAGAUUUUAAGGUCAAAAGUCAUAUACUACUUCUCUAGGAUUCUUUUUUACAAUAGCAAUAGUAUGUGUUGUGGUUCUUAGAUUCGCAAUUCUAUUCAACGAAGUAUAUACAAGAGUUAAUCCUACUGUGUUAUAAAAAGAGAGAUAAGUAGAUUCUCCUGAAAAAUUUAUAAUGAAUAACUAUACACUGCCUUUUGCUUUUGGUAUGUAAGACGGAGUUACUUAAAAUCAUUAUAUAGAUCCUUCCAUUUACAAAGUAGUGGCUUACUAAGUAACGAAAUAUACAACUUAUGGAGAAUCUGGUUAACCUUAAGUUGAACUUAGGUAGACUAACGUAACUGUAUAAGCAUGCUCAUAAGAUAACUUCUAAAAUCCUAACACUAAAAAUAAUUUUUUAAAUUUGCCAUACCUAAAUUUAUAUUGCAUUCAUCCUGAAUAAUAAGAGGUAAUGGAAGGUGAUUAUUCCUAGCAAGAAUUUUAGCAUUUUAUGAUUUAAAUUUAUCCAUGCAGUGGCUAAGGAUGCAGGAAUACAUCAACUCUAGGAAAAGGUUUUUUUGCGAUUUAUUUUUAGGAUGUUAUAGUAAGUCCAGAUAUAAAAGAUGAGCCUUUCAAAUUCUAUAAUAGAGAUUUAUUUUGGAUAACGUCAACAUCUUCACCAAGAGAGAUAACUAUGUAUUUCAGAAACAACUAUAUAGAAAGUGAUUAUGGAUGGGUAACAUCAGACAUUUAAACUGCUAGGCAAAUAAGCUACAGUAACCAAGAUGUUUCAUUCGAAUUUACAUCAGAUGUUGAUUACUUUGUUUAACUUGUUUUAAGAUUCGAAAAACAAAAAGAAAAUGUUUACUAAAGAAAAUACAAAAACCUGACAAAUAUAAUAUCUGAAAUAGGAGGGUUUACUUAAUCAAUGUUAGCUAUUGGUUUUAUUAUAUGUACAUCAUUUUCUGAUUUUAUGCUGAGUAAAUCAAUAAUUAAUGAUUAAUUUUAUUUUAAGAAAUCAAAAGAUAAUCAAAAUAAUAUUGAUAAAGAUAAUUAAUAAAAUACCAUUCAAAUGCAUAUAAAUAAUUAAGAAUAAAUUAAAAAAUCGAAUAGUAACACUGAUAAUUUUAAAUUUAAAUGCAAAGAAGACCAAAUUGAUUCCAAAAAAACAGAAAAAAAUAUAGUAAAUAUAAAUGAUAAAAGUGAAAUAAAAUACGAUAUUAGCACAACUAAUUUCUAAAACCAAGAAAGUAUUAGACAACUGCGAAAAUAAGAUAAAUAAGUGAAUCGUUUUAAUGAGUAAAAAAGUUUUGUAACUUUGAGUUCAAUUAUUAAGAAAAAAUCAAAUAAUUUUGGAGGAGAGAAUAAUGCAUAAAAUGAAACAAUAUCAUAACUAAGUUAAAAGAAUUCCAUUAAAAAAACUUUAAAAUCAUAAAAUUAAGCAAGUUAAGAUAAAAUUGAAAUAAGCAAUUAAUAAUUUAAAAAGCUUCUAUAUGAUGAAACUAAUAGUAUGGAAUUUACCUUUGUUGAUUAUUUAAAAUAUUUCUUUUGGCCCUUUGGAAAUAUUAAAAGAAAGAAGGAAAUAAUAGAUUACAGUAUUUAGAAACUGUAUUAUCACUUGGAUGUAAUUUAAUUAGUUAAAAAACUUUUAGAAGUUGAUAAACUAAAAUAAUUAAUUAUGGAUAAAGAUUAGAUAUAGCUUUUCGAAUAUAUAUCAAAACCAGUCAUAUACGAAGAUUAAGUCUUUGAAAAUCAAAUUAAUUAAUAAAACGAAUAGUAAGAAAAAUUUAACAUUUUGUAUUAAGACUAAAGGUCAGAAAUAUAAAAAGUUUAAGAUGCAUAUCAAUCAUACUAAAAUAUAACAAGUAGAAAUGGCUAAUCGGUUUUAGAUAAAAAAAUAUUAAAUUAUUUGGAUCCUUAACUUUUAAAUUUAUUUAAAUACCAGUAGGAGGAAGAAUUUAUUAUUUAAAAUCGCCAAAUAUAAAACCAUUAAAUUAGGAAUGCUAGUUAGUAGCAUAACCUAAAUUUUUAUUCAAAAUAAAUUAGUGAAAACAACUUGUCUGUGUACUAAAACUAGCAAAAUAGUAAUAACGUUUUAUAGAAUAUAAAUCCGAUGUUAGAAGAAUAAAGUAAUUUUUCUGAAAAUUUGAAUUUAGAAGAAUUAAAUUCAAUAGAAUUAGCAAAUAGAAACAAUAUUAAUAAACAUAAGAUAACUACACCAAAAAAGUUAAUAACAUUUUAACAAUGA